UCCGGGGACAUGUCCGUACAUGUGAAUCGGAAGUAGUAGGGCGUGUUUAGCGCGUGCGUGCUAAUGCGUGUUCCGGGGACAUGUCCGUACAUGUCCUAACGAAGAAUCGGAAGUAGUAGGGCGUGGCUAGCGCCUGGGCUAGUCGUAGCCAAAGCGAGCUAACCGGCAUUCUCAACAAGCUACCGUGAGGGGAGCCAUGAUUAACGAGACGUGUGUUAACAUUAGCCCUCAGCUGGUGAAGACUGCUUUUUACCAGGUUGGUCACAUUAUAUGAAAUUAUUGAUCAUUUAGUGAAAGGAACAGCAUCAUAAAACAUAAUAUCCUCUUACUUGUUAAUUUUUAAACCUAACUUAACCUAACCUAACCUAUUGAACUCGCCUAAGUAUCCUUGAGCAAGGUACUGAAUCCCUCAAUGCUCCUGGUGACGCAACACCAGUAGGUAGAUGGCAAUGUAGUGUAUGCCAUGAAGUCUAUUCUUUUUAGACUAAUAAUGACUCAAAAUGAGCUCCAAAAUGUAAUGCUACUGGAAGGAAUCUCAAGUCUGUACAGAAAAAUGGUUGAAGCAUGACGCAGUCCUGCAGAUGUUAUUCCUAUUGCAUGAUAGUUUACGCGGACCUGUGUAUCAGUGGGGGGAGACGCUGCAAAAACGCGGCAUUUUUCAACAAAUGUAUGUCUACACACAUAUACAGAUCUCAUGUUUGUGUUAAGAUGGGUAUCUGUGCAAUCUCAAAGGCGUUAUCAGUGGAGAGAAACGAAGCAUUUUUUUCAACAAAUGUAUGUCCACUCAGCAAAAUGCAGAGCCCCAUGUUCAUUUAAAGAUCAAGGUCAUAAAACAUUUUAAAAAUCAAAAACUACAAAAUACGAUUACGUAAAAAUGGGUGGGGAAAACCCUAUAAAUUCGCUAUCUCCUCGCCUUCUUCGUUGUCCGUUCAACAUACCUGAUACCAAAUGGCCAGAGAGGUUAAAGAAAUCAACAUUUCAAACUAUGAGUUGGACCUAAGGUCUGAUGCGGAGGACACUGAAUUGACACAUCACGCGUCGACACCGGCUUCUUCGCCAUCCCUACUAUGGGACCUUGGUGAUUCGGAGGCUGAUCUUAAUUAUUCUUCGCAAUCGACUUCGGAUAACGACAUACAGCCGCACGACUGGCGUAGGCCAUUAUCGCGAUCAAGUGAGGAGGACAGUGGCUAUUAUUCACAAUCUAAUGGCCUAUCCACUCCACCAAGAGCAGCAACAGCAUACUUAGCAGAUGCCUCUACACAAACUGACAUAUUCAUUAAAUCAGAAGCUGUCGAUGAGCCAGCCAUCUUAGUUGGUGAGAAUUUUAUAUUUACCCCCUCGGUGAUUCGAUACGCACCACCAGCGCAGGUGUUAGUUGCGGAUGCAACUGCGCAGAUUGAUGAGUUAUUCAUUCAACCAAACGCCGCCCCAAAACCUGCAAUAGUUGCGGAUGCAACUGCGCAGAUUGAUGAGUUAUUCAUUCAACCAAACGCUGCCCCAAAACCUGCAAUAGUUGUGGAUGCAACUGCGCAGAUUGAUGGGUUAUUCAUUCAACCAAACGCCGCCCCAGCGCAUGUGUUAGUUGCGGAUGCAACUGCGCAGAUUGAUGAGUUAUUCGUUCAACCAAACGUUAUAAUUCCACGUCUCAUCAGGAGCGGGCCGCAUGAGCUUCCUCGGGAACCUGGCACCCCGUUUGGAUUCAUUAUUGACGAAGCGAGAGGUCGAUAUUAUUCAUAUUAUUUUGUCUGAUUUGCUAUCCUGAUUAAAAAUG